UUUUCUGUAAUUAGAGAAAUACAGUUUUUGAAUUAUGUCAGUAAAUACCUGUAAUAUUCUCGUCCUCAUAGUCGAGACUAAGUGUUAAAUCAAGCAGGAAUAUCUGGAGGAGUAUCAUCUGAACUGAGAUCUGCUGCUGUGAAGAUGAUGUUUGUUAAAGAAGAGAGUGAAGAGAACACGAGAGAACCAGAAACCUGGAGAAUAAAACUCGAGGAACCAGAAACCUGGAGAAUAAAACUCGAGGAAACCGAAACCUGGAGAUUAAAACACGAGGAACCAGAAACCUGGAGAAUAAAACACGAGGAACCAGAAACCUGGAGAAUAAAACACGAGGAACCAGAAACAUGGAGAAUAAAAGAGGAGGAACAAGGAGGCCAGAUGAAAAUGAAAGAAGAAAGACGAGAUCGGAAAGAGGUGGAUAAGAAAUAUGAGGAUAAGAAAGCUCCCGAUGUCAAUGAAGAAAAAGCAGUGAGUUGCAGCAUUAAAACAACAGAAGUCAAAAGGCCUUUCUCCUGCUCUCAGUGUGGAAAGAGUUAUACACAGAAAGGACAACUUAAGAUUCAUUUGGUAAUUCACUCUUCAGAAAAACCUUUCAGCUGCUCUCACUGUGGAAACACUUUCUGGUAUAAAACAAGCCUUAAGAAUCACAUGUUAAUUCAUGCUGGAAUAAAGUCUUUCAGCUGUGCUCAAUGUGGGAGGAGUUUUACACAGAAAGGACAACUUAAGAAUCAUUUGGUAACUCACACUUCAGUAAAACCUUUCACCUGCUCUCAGUGUGAAAAAACUUUCUCAUGUAAAGUGAACCUUAAAAAGCACGUGUUAACUCAUACUGGUAUCAGGUAAUUCAGCUGAUUCUAAAAGCAUUUCACCUGCCCUCAGUGUGGAAUGUCUUUGUCACAUAAAGGAUACCUUGAGAAUGUUUAAAGUGCUCAUUGAAUGCCCAUUUUCCACAAGUUUUAUGAUUCUUUAGGGUCUUAAAGGAGUCAUAUGAUGCGAUUUUCAAACUUUCUCUUUGGAGUGUUACAAGCUCUUAGUGCAUAAAGAAGAUCUGUUAAAUUGCAAAGACUAAAGUCUCAAAUCCAAAGAUAUAUUCUUUAUAAAAUUUAAGGGUCAACCCCCACACUAAAAAGACUCAUUCUAACAUGCCGCUACUUCUCUACGUCAUUAUGUGGGAAGAAUUGCAUAACACCGACCCAAAGGUUCACGCAAUGAUAGAAGGCACAACUUUUAUUCUCUCUGUUGCCGCAGCUGCCAUGUUGUGAAGUUGAAGUGAAACUUUGUUUGGCCUUCCAAAAGAGGACAUUACUAGAAAUCAGUGGUUAAAAAGCCGGUAAGAUGAAAAUUCUAAGCUUCCUAUCACUGUUUAUAAGUCCUGUACAACAGGGUUAAAUCCAUGCAAGGUUAAAAAACAUUGUCAUUUUGUCAAAAUAUCAUUUUAAAAUGACCUCAAUUCUCAGAGAUCCCCAAACGGUUCGCGCGAAGCUGUUCAAAAGAUUCAGUUUCCUUAAACCCCACCUUUCAGCAGCAUACUGUGCUCUGAUUGGUCAACUUACAGACUGUCAGUUUUGAUUGGUUGUUCCGCAUACGUGUUGUAAAACGAAACGCCCAUAGCUCACCCAAAAAACUUUGAAUUCACUCGCAAAACAUUUGCUUGCAACCGUUUGCAAUCUCUUGCAAAACUAUUUUUUCCCCCAAGAAACAUUGCGUUCACACAGAAAACAUUUGCGAUCACUUGCAAAACUAUUGUGUUUCCCAAGAAAUGUUGCGUUCACUCACAAAACAUGAACAUUCACUCGCAAAAGUUUGAAAUCUCUCGCAAAACUACUGUGCUCCCCUGA